AUGGUUGAUUCUCAAAGGUUCAAACUCACCGAGAGCUGUCGCUGCCAACCAACAUUAAAACUACCACCUCUUCUGAAUUUUAAAGCGUUUGUCCAGCACCGCUACUUCGAAUUUCAAUUUCAUCCUCUUUGCAGCAUUUCUUUCACUAUCAAAUCAAAGUCUGGAUCUGUUUACAAAGAGUCCUUCGUUGCUUCCCCCACCAUAUGCCACCCAGAUAAUCUCGUAGACCUCACUGACAUGUCAUCGGCAGUCCCUAGGAACCAACGACCACGCGAUAACCUCCUAAAUAUUCUCAACCACGGAUACAGAGUAAACAAAUCCAACACCUCACCCUAUUGA